AAAAGAAAAGAAAAGAAAAAGCAGAUUUUGGUUCUCAAAAUAAUGAAGAAAAAUAAAUCACACCACAACGAAACAAUACAUUUGAGCAGAACAUGUUGCUUGUAUUGUGUUGUUACUUGUACCGGGUUGAGGGUCCAGAAAUGGUACUCAAGUAAAAGUAGCAUUAUCUUACAAUGAUGUUAUUCAAGUACGAGAAAAACAUAUCAUGUUACUCAACAAAAUUUUUCUCCAAUGCAACCAGUUACUGCCCAUCUCUGGUCAUGUUCUCUGGUUUUUAGACUUUUAAAACAAUUUUAGUACUGUAGCAAUAAAGUUUCACUCUUAGUUUUAGAUAAAACUAUUUAUUUUACACAUUAUGUUUGAAACAGAAGCAAAAAGUAAACAACCUCUGGAAAGUUUCCAGCUGGAAGCGGAACUCAAGGGGCGGUCACUGUUCCUGGUUGAACGCCGUUGAACGUACAUCCGGCGGAAAUAAAUAACAUUGCGCUAUCAGCGCUAUCCUCUGUCUAUCGUGUUUUUUUGCUGCUUGAGCUGAAUCUAUCAGUGUACUGGAUUCUUGGGAAACAGGUGGAGAACCGAACCCGGUCCGGAAGAACAAGGUGGUUUAAUUGGGCGCGGUUCCGAUGAGCUAACGAAACCGAGAGGAGGAUCAAGUGUCUAGAUGGUGCUGCGGAGGAAACAGAAGGAUCCUGUUAACAAGAAGAACUUCCUGUGUCUGGACAUCAACUUCCUGUGUGUUAAAAUGAUCUAAGAAGGAAACAUCACGUCUCAGCUCUGCCUCUUACUGUGGAGGAAGAGAGACUCUACUGUUGACCCAAAGAUCCCAGACGACCUGAGAUGAAUGAGGAACAGGAGGAACCAGAACCACAACAGAUGAGGGCGACCAAGAAGGAACCAGAAGCUCAACUCAGUGAGGAAGAAGAGGAUGAAGGGUUGCUUGUAGUGAAGCAGGAGAGCAGCAGCUCUGUGGUGAGCCCUGCUGACCUGGGAAUAGUCCAUAUAGAUCCGGAACCGGAGCAGAUGAUGGAAAUGAAGGAGGAGCAGGAGGACAUCUGCUGCUACCAGCAGGUUGUAGUGAAGGAGGAGACCGAAACCUUCAUGAUACCAGUCCAUGACCCCAUGGACCCAGAACCAAACCAGAACCAGUUCUCCCCCGAAGCCCAAAACGCAUUCAGAUCCCAGACAGACCAGAACUCACGUGAGAGAUGUUGGAUGUCCAGGAGCCAUGAGGACAACUCAAAAUCCAAGAGACGCAAGACAGAUGUGUCCUGUGAUGUGUGUGGUAAAAGUUUCAGGCAGCACAGGUACUUGACUGCUCACCUGAGGACUCACACAGGUGAGAAGCCUUUUUCAUGUCAGUCUUGUGGGAAAAGUUUCCUCAGGCAGCCGGACCUGACUCUACACAUGAAAACCCACACCGGUGAGAAGUCCUUCCAAUGUCCGGUGUGCGGUAAAGGUUUCAUCCAGAAAACCACCUUAAGUUACCACAUGAGAACGCACACAGGAGAGAGGCCACACAGCUGUGAAUUCUGUGGUAAAUCCUUCAUACAGAGGAGUGAUUUGACUUGCCACCUUAGGACUCACACAGGUGAGAAACCGUAUCAGUGUGAGGUGUGUCAGAAAUCUUUUGGACACAGCAGUGACUUCACUCGCCACAGGAGGACACACAUGGCUGAGAAACCUUUCUCAUGUGUGACCUGUGGGAGAGCCUUUAACAAGCAGUCUAAGCUGAGUCGUCACCUGAGAGUUCACGCAGGCAGUAAGACGUAUUCCUGUGAGUCGUGUGAUAAAUCUUUCAGGCGGAGUUGUGACUUUGUGCGUCACCUGAGGACUCACACAGGAGAGAAACCGUUUAAUUGUGAAUUGUGUGACAAAUCUUUCAGACAAAAUGGCGACCUGACACGCCACAUGAGAACUCACACAGGUGAGAAGCCAUCUUCGUGUUCAGUGUGUGGUAAAAGCUUCAGUGAGUACAGCAGCAUGCUCAGACAUAUGAGGACUCACACUGGGGAGAAACCGUACAUCUGCAAGGUGUGUGGGAAGCUUUUCCGCUUCGGCGGGCAUUUGACCGUUCACUUGAGAACCCACACAGGUGAGAAGCCAUGUUGCUGUAAAGUGUGUGGUAAAUCAUUCAGUGACUGCAGCAGCAUGUCCAGACACAUGAGGACUCACACUGGGGAGAAGUCGUAUGCUUGUGAAGUGUGUGAUAAGUCUUUUAGGCAGAGGAACGAUUUGACCCGUCAUCAUAGAACUCACACAGGAGAGAAACCUUUCCAGUGUCUGGCUUGUGGUAAAGGUUUUGUCCAGAAAACAACCUUGAGGUAUCAUAUGAUGACUCACACCGGAGAGAAGCCUUACCCUUGUCAGCUAUGCAGCAAAUCCUUCAGACAGAGAAACGAUCUGACCCGUCACCUUAGAACCCACACAGGAGAGAAACCGUAUAGCUGUGCAUUAUGUGACAAGCCUUUCAGACAGAGUAAUGACUUGGCUCGUCACAUGAAGACUCACACAGGUGAGGAUCUAAGCUGUGUGGUUGAUCAGUCAGAUUAAGGUGGACUGAUGUGUGAAGAGAUGAUCUGGUAGUUUCAAGAUAAAGACUAUUUAUUAUUAUUAACAGCUGAAAGUCAGUUGAAUUUAGAAAAUACUCAGAAACAUGGUGCCGCGUUGUUCAGUUAGUAGAGCGCAGCAGCUGCAGUCUUUAGCGUAGCUGUCCUAGGUUCAGUUCCCGGUCUCUGUCUUCUCUCUCCUCCCCGUUUCCUGUCCAUCAACGGUUCAGUGAAGGCCACUAGAGUCAAAAAAGAAUUUAAUUUAUGAACUUUGUGUUUCCACAACUGUCCUGAGAUUGUCUAAGUGCAACAUUUAUAAUUAUUAAGCUGUUAUGAUGAAUAUUGAGACUCUAGAUUAAUCUUUCUCCUGCCAGAUACCGAAGGAAGAUGGCUUAGUUUACAUCUGGGAUGUAAACUAAAUGUUUAAAAUCCUUAAAAUCUUUUAUAAAAGUCCUUCAACAUCAAGAAGCUGUGGCCCAGGAGUUCAGAGAUGAGUCUGAUCCACUUUAAUGUCUCAGAAUGAUAAUUUUUCUAACUGGUGAAGGUCACAAAACCAGUGUGACCAGCAGCCGGUCUGGUCAGAGGGCGACUGUACUGGGCGGGGCUCCGUGAGUCUGAACGGGACCUUCUGAGGUUCAAACUGUCACAUUUGAUGUUUGUUCUUGUGUCUUCACUUCAUUCAUCUAUAAAUUAAAUAAGUGAUUAUUAACAGAUAA